AUGGAUCAUUAUGAGCAUACUCCCGAGGAGAUUGAAGCAUCUCCAGUGUCUUUAAGGCGAUCUGAUGGCACUACCGACUUUUUGAAGUACCAUGCAGCUCGUCAACGAGCAUCGCGCCCAUCCGAGAACAGCCUGUCUGUGCCAAUUUCGAGGAGAUCGAAGAGCAACGUGUCCGAGAACAGCCAGAUCUUAUACAUGUCAGCCUCGAAGAGUUCGAAAAGGCGAAGAGGAUUUGAUCGCUCCUUGUCAUCUAUCAGCAAUGGUGGACGCAGAUUCGACGGAUCGGCAGACGAGAAACAGAAUAUUGAAGCCACCGAAGAAAUGGUGUCUCAAAACAUCAUAGACAGAGAGAUCUUUGAAUGGCAAUACGUCUGUCAAUCGGGCAGGCCAUACUGGUGGUCACCCGAAUCGAAGUACGCACGCUUGAAGAAGCUCCAGCACAAAGUCGCGAGCGAGUACGAGCCUCAAAUUGGAACGCCGGGUGUCGAUACUGCUUCGAAGUCACAGUAUGCUGCGUGUCGUAGGACAGUUUCCGACAGCUACUUAGCAGAUUCCGGUAAUAUCCACGACCUCGCUCACCUCAUUGCUGUGCAACUGCUUGGGGCUUGUUUCACUCUUCCUCCCGACUCGAUUACUGCCGUCACCCCUCAAUAUAUCAGAGAUGAAGAUGGGAUUGCAAUGGUCAGAGACCCUCGAUUGAUCAGUUCCUUGCGAAUGCACACCCAUUUUCGUUAUUCUCCAUCCUUCGGGCACCAAGCUCGAAAUACUUCCCCAAUACAAGUGUGGCCGGGAAGGUUUGAUGGGCCAAAGUCAGGAUCCUCACCUACUCGAAGCAACACCGGGUGCUCCACUCCUAACAUUGGCACCUCAAGUCCUUGCUCUCGUCGACCAAGAAUGCACAAAACCUUACACAAUACGGAGGGUUCUGGGAACAGAGACGAGGAUGAGGAUUAUAUCAGGACCUGCUGCGACAACAACGAGCUGGAUCCUACAGUUGGGGCGUGCGCUUGGUACCGAAGGCAGGGAGUUGAUGAUCCAGGCCAUCGAUCAUUCACACUGCCUCGCAUGCCUAGUGCUUCUAAUACACGCCGACCAACUCACACACCCGAAGGCUCAAAGGAAGAAGCGAGUCCAUCACGUGUGUUGGGAGUUGGUACACCGAAAACGAAUUACCACCUCCAACCCGUGCUUCGAUCUGAAUCACAUCACGUUUUCAUACAGCCUGUUCGAGAGCUUGUGGUGAAGAGAUGGAGAAAGUUUCGAAGACGAUUGAGCGGCAGUUUGCAUUCAUCGCUCCCAACAAGAACAUCUGAAGAUGCGGCAUCUGCUUCAGAGUCAAGCGCGAGUGAGGAUUCAAGUCAAGUGAUGAGCAGUGAUGCCAAAGCAAGACGGUUAAGAGCCCAGGAACGUGGCGAUAUCCACAGUUCAAGUAUGGACAGCACUCCACAUUACAAUACGCCCAAGAGUGGUCACCUAUCUCCAAGUAAUAACGACCCUGCACGUUCCCACUGGACCGAUUCUCAGAGUACGACUCCGAACUUUCGACUUGCGGAUCCCCUCGCUGCUGCAGCUUCACUGGUCGCUGCAGAGCUGAUGCAAUCACGUUCAUCUGGCAAAUCAACACCAUCCAGGCCAGCUUCUGGUGCUAUAUCAAAUGGCAUAUCGUCUCGAGAAUGUCAGAACUCAACUGCUUCCUCAGCACUAGCUACACGCGGCUCCAGCCCGACAAGACCGGAACUCUUGUCUGUUCCGUCGUCUUCACAGCCAAACACAACAUCUUCAGCAUAUUCAUUCUCUUCCCACAAGUCGAUGAGAAGGUCUCGCAGGAGGAGUAUGCUUUCAGAAGUGUGCACGCCAGAAGACUUGCAGAAUCCGGAACGUGCAGAAAGGAGUAAAGCACCAUUCGAAAGAAGCGCCCUCAGUGCUAUGGGCAGUAGGCUUGCAAGCCCGAUGGAGGAGAUGACGUUGGAUUGGCCACUCGGCGGAAGGAAGAUCCAAGGAUCUCUGACUAGCCCUGGCCCAUCUGUUUUGCCCACACUAGCAGAGUUGAAAGCUUUCAGUGCGCAAGAAAGACCAAGGAUAUCUCGGACAAGCACCAGCGGGACUCAGAUCUUCACUCCAACGGAGGAAGGAGUCGAGAUCGAUGGGUUGCCUGCAGGACCACCGCGAGACAGCUGGGUAGGAAGAAGAGGCAGGAGGGAACGAACUUAUUUGUAG